AUUUUAAACAUGAAAAUGACAUUUAAUGUUUUGUCUGUUAUACUGCUAAAUAUAUUUUGUUUUUUGAUAGAUCCCAACCAAGCAGUCGCCAAACCAACUAAAAUCAAACCUACAAUUCCGACCUCAACACCGUCUGACCUUCUGUCAACCUCCAUAGCGAACGAGACAGCAGCGGAGGAGAUCAAGCGGUUGGAAGCUCUCUGCGAAUCAAUGACCAAGGAGUUGAAUCUCACCAAGAUGCAGUUGAAGACAGGCCUCGCGGGAUUUGAUGCUUUUGCUAUUUUACUACAGCACCUCACACAUGAUAUGGAUGUGUUCUCAUGUUCAGACUUAAAAAUAAGAAUCAAUGAACUGGAAACUAAGUAUCAGGAAGCUUGUGCUCUAACAGAAACACUAACAGAUGAAAAGUUACAACUUGAGGAAGACCAGCGGAUUCUGAGAGAACAACAAGAAGAAUUUGUCGAAAAACUAAAAGAGGAUUGUAAACAAUCCAUAGAUGAACUUGAAGAGACGCUGAAUGCAAGGCACGCACGAGAAAUGAAUGAAUUAGUGAGGCAACAAACAGAGGAUAUAGAAUUGCUUCAUAAACGCUACAAACGAGAAGUGAGUUGAUCAAACUUUAUCAGUCAUUGAAGUUAUUAAACUGUCUUGGAUGAUUGAAGGAAUAAAUCAUUGUGUUUUUAUCUCUUGAUAAAUUCCUUUCCCAGUUCUCUUAACUUGAGUGAACAGUUAGGUCAAGAAGACACCCUGCUUGGCCUGUCAUCCCUUCCCUGCCAUGGAUAUCAGGGGCGGAUCCAGAAAUGUCCAAAAGGG